CAAUUUUGAAACUUUAACCAAACACAGUCGCACAAAGUAUCCUAGCUCUUMCAGACAACACAAAAACAAUGCCUGGUGAUUCUGCUUCCUCCUGGUCCAAUAUGGACAUGAACAAUAUCGAGAUGGAUGAAAACUCAACAUCUGAUCGCUCGGACAAAUCCAUUGUUUCUUACUCCUCGGCAUCUGCGGUCAGUACCUCGACGUCCAUUAGUCGUUUUACGACACGGCAGCAGCAAAYCAUUGAGGAUGAGAGCUUGGCGGUCAGGGAUUCCGAGCACCUGACGAAACUUCGAUUUUUUCUGAUCACGAUCCUUUUUUGGAGUACGGUCGGAGUCGGCCUGGCGGUUUGGAUCUAUUUCACGGAAGAUAUCGAGAACAAAUUCGAUGAUCUCUACCACGACGAUUCUUUGGAAGUCCUCCAGGAAUUGGAGAGUAGGUUUAUCGUGGCAYUGGGUGCCAUCGAUUCGUUCAUGGUUGCGCUCUGCACUUUAUCAUCAUCGGAAUGGCCCUUUGUUACGGCUCCUCACUUUUCGGUUCGAGCCCAGAAACUCCGAAAGAUGUCUCAUGCGUUCGCCGUCACAACCUAUCCUUACGUCGAGGACUCACAGAGAGAGGAGUGGGAAGARUACUCGUCUGCCAAUGACAAUUGGUUAGAGGAAGAUCUYAAGAAGCAAGAAGAUGAAAAAGGAAUCAYWCUCCAAAAGAACGUUUUGUAUGGAAGGGAACCUACCGAUGAAUUCGUUCAGAAGACUAUUGGAAAUACCUCCGGAUUCAUGGUACGUACAGGAGCCUCCGAGUGCAUGAAGCGGUGUUUUAUGUUUGUGAAUUUUUAAUAUCAUCGAGAGAUCAUUUGUUUGGCUUGUAUGCGAACCACAUAGAACUAYAAAUCAAAUACACUGAUAAGCCUUGYCGUUUGGCCUUGCUCAUAUUGAUAAUGUCAUUCAGCCUCGAUGGCAACAAUCCCCGGUCACAGAGACUUCCGCUUACAACCGGGACGGUUUCCAAUACAAAGCUCUCGCCAAUGCAUGGGCGACAUUUCAGCACCAUCCGCAACAAGUUGUGAUGAGCUAUGUGAACAAUAUUCCGACGACCGAAGAUCCCAACUUGAACGUUGAAGAACAAAUCAAAGUUAUGGAGAGWUUCUUUGCUCACAAUGAUUCGUAUCACGCAGAACCUUUUGGGGAUAUAUUCUAUCCUAUCCUUCACGAUGCCGAAGCUAUUAUCCAUGCCAAUGGAAGCAACAAAACGUCAUCAUCGUUGACGAACAGCACCCUCGUAGGAGUCACAGCUGUCACAUUUUACUGGAGGGACUUACUGAAGAACAUGUUAUCCGACGAAAUUGAUGGCAUGCACGUCGUUGUGGAGAAUAACUGCAACCAGACAUUCACAUACACUUGGUUCGAGUCCGAACCACUCUAUCUAGGUAUAGGGGACCUUCAYGAGCCCGUGUAUGACCAACUCCAGCAAUCUUUCUUGCUCACCGAUAUCGAAGGAAUCAAUACUUAUACAGGGCUCCCAUUGAGUUCUGCUGGAUGCCAAUACGAAAUUCAUUUGUAUCCUUCCACAGAUAUGAUUCGCAACUUCGAAAUGAAUGAGGUUAGGUAAGAUAAGAAGAAGCAGUAUAAUGCGAUACGAGUGAAAAUUUGUGCGCAACGAGAAGAAUCGUCUGGGUUCCUAUCUGAUCAACGUGGUUCUUGCCUUAUUUUUCAACCAACAAAAACAGCCCGGUAGCAUUUACUGGAAUUGCCGUCAUCAUUUUUAUCUUCACAACGAUGGUAUUCGUGUUCUAUGACUGUCUUGUGGAAAGCCGACAGAGAAAAGUUUACACUUCUGCAGUAAGGAACAAUGCGAUUGUUUCGAGCCUCUUUCCUAAAARUGGUAUGUCUUUUCCCYUCAGUUUUGGAAUCUGUAUUGAAUCAUUGUACUCCCAUGAGAGCGUUGAACGAAAAUCGCUGAUCCUCAUAAUCGCUUUUGUUAUUUGCACCAUCAGUGAGGGAUCGUCUCUAUCAAGAAAAUGACCCCACUCCCAAGAAAUCUCAACCAGCAAAGACUCGCUUGAAGACGUUCAUGCACGAAGAUAAUGGCGUUGGCGAGCCGAAGAAGGAAUUCGAUGCACCGAUUGCUGAUCUUUUCUCAAAUUGCACCGUUCUCUUUGCCGACAUMUCUGGCUUCACAAGCUGGUCGUCGGAACGAUCUCCCAGUCAAGUUUUUGUUCUUCUUGAGACCAUUUACGGAGCAUUUGACAAAAUCGCAGACCGUCGUGGUGUUUUCAAGGUUGAAACCAUCGGCGACUGCUACAUGGCGGUUACUGGUCUUCCCAAUCCGAAGAGAGACCAUGCUGUAAUUAUGGCUCGAUUUGCACGCGACUGCCGCAAUCAAAUGAACGCUUUGACAAAAUCUCUUGAAGUUACGCUGGGACCCGAGACCUCGGAUUUGUCAAUGCGCUUCGGAUUACACUCUGGACCUGUCACUGCAGGUGUUCUGAGAGGUCAGAAAUCUCGAUUCCAACUCUUCGGCGACACAGUCAACACUGCUGCUCGGAUGGAGAGCACGGGUGUCCGCAAUCAGAUUCAUAUAUCAGAAGACACGGCUCGGUUGCUAAACGAUGCUGGAAAGUCUAGCUGGUUGACACCCCGAAAGGAAACUGUUCAGGCGAAAGGAAAAGGAGAACUCACAACUUAUUGGGCCUUCCAAAAGAGUCACAAUAAGAGAGGAAGCACUGUGGCGACCGCCGCAACCUGUGAUGAUAGCUCCCUCGGAUCUUAUGGAUCACCAGCAAUUGACCAAAGGGCAAAAGUAGGUGGAAAACAAAUUUUAUGUGACCGACGAGCGCGACUCAUUGAUUGGAAUGUCGAUUUGUUUGCGGGUUUAAUUCGAAAAGUCGUUGCACGGAGGGGAGCUAUCGUUGUUAAUGUAAAGGGAAAGCCUAUCUCGGAAGAUAGUUCCAAAUCGAUUCAGACCACUACUGAUGGCAUGAUGCUGGAUGAGGUCGUUGAGAUCAUCGAAUUGCCUGUUUUCGAUCCAAGGGUAAUCAAUUCACAAGAAGAUCCACACUCCAUCUUACUCGGCGAUSAGGUUAUGGCGCAACUGAGGAGUUAUAUUUUCGCAAUCUCGAAUAGUUACAACGAAAAUCGUAAGUCAUGGAAGACAAUUGAAUCUAACACCAUUUCUAUCAUUCAGCGAUUCCUAACUAUGAUUUUUCUCUCCAGCGUUUCACAACUUCGAACAUGCUUCACAUGUGACGUUAUCAGUAGCAAAG